CCUUUAACAAAUUUAAUGGGGUUAUUUAAAAAAAAAAAAAAAAGACUUAGGUAUAAAAGCUCUCCGUAUUUUAUUUGCAUGAAAAGAUUUCUGAAUAUACCUUUGCUGUUCAUUUCUAUUUGUAAAAAAUAAAUAAAUAAAAAGUAAAUUGCCUUCAUGGAAUUUAAUUGCUUCCAUGACUACGGUUAAGCACUAGCAGGCUCAAACAAAUGGUAUUGUGUCCAUGGUAUAUUGCACAUUUUAGGUUAAUAUCUUGAAGAUCUCAAGGUCAGUGGAAAAGCAGAACCUAGAUAUGGUUGUUAGUCUAUUCUUUUCUAUUAGGGUUGGGUAACGUGCUCCUUCUCAUGUUCACGAACGAAAAAUGCAGUGAUUAUCAAACAUAAUCGCUAAAUCCUACUUGCAUAUUCCCGUCCUGUUGUUAUGUUUGCUAAGCUGUAGCGGAACAAAGUCAACAGAAAAGGUGAGAUUAAUAGCACAGCUUUGGAAACCUGAGAGUAAACAUCACUGAGAGUAUCGACUGGGACACUCAACUGGAAGGGUUCUGUCUGCCCAGGCUGGAUAGAGCAAGGAAUCUGGGGAGAGAAAAGCUUCCACUGCUGAGAUUCAUAGCUGACCUUCCCACCCAGAAAGAUAGACUAUGAGUGUGCAAAAGAAGCCGGGGGAAAUCAAGCUCUCCCGAGUCACUUUCCGUACAUCUUCCAGACAACAACAGGAAAAUGCUAUGCAGAAAGAAUCAACAGGUCCUUUAGCCUCAAGAGCAAUUCCAAGUCUGAAAUCUCAGCAUGGUGAAGGAGCCAAAAAUGUAGCAGAUAUCAGACAAUCUGGAUCACCCAUCAGCCUGAAAGGCCUACUGGCUGCACAGCGGCUUACACGGGAGCUGAAGAACCGAGCAGCAUUAAGGAGAAAAACUAGAGUCCGGACACAGAAUUGCACUCCAAUAGCUAUUAUAAAUGAGCAGACUCCUGUGAAUUCUGCAAAUCCUGCACGUAGGUUUCCAAAUACUCAUGUGAAGGAACUAAUCGAGGAGUUCCUUGCUACCAAGCUGAAGAAUGAGCCCUAUGAUGCCUGUACUUGUGCCAGUCUCACUAAAGACUUGUGUGAAGACAUUAAAAAGUUAGUUAGAAGAGUGACUCCUCCCCGAUACAAGCUUAUCUGCAGCAUGGCUAUUGGGAGCAAGCAUCAGGAGGACAUUAUGGUGACCAGUCAAUGUCUGUGGGACUCGUACUCAGACAAUGUCACUUCCUGCAGCUUCCAGAACCGCACUCUGUUCUGUGUAGUUUUGGUGUAUGCUGUUUAUUUUGAAUAGGAAGCAGCUUUUUUGUUCCUCAGUUUAUAUAGAUGUAACAUAACAGAUUAGGGUAGAAAAUUCUGUCCAACUCAACAUAAAUUGUUUUACUUAUUAUCACUAACGCACGUAGAAGUAGAUUUAUAGGACUCUAUAAUAAUCCUGAUUUCAUUUCACAUAAAAAUGGUUAAUAAACUUGGAUGGUAAAUUCAGACACUGUUAAUUUAAAAGGAAACUUUGCAGACAUUUAGGGAGUUAUUUAUUAAAAUUUGAAUCUUAAAAAAUUCAAGUUUUUUUCACUAGAGGGAAAAAAAUAAAUUUUUUCAAGAUUUAUUAUACCCUGAUGCUGCAAAAAGCCAGAAUCCGAAAAAUCCAUCUAGACCUAUUGAGGUCCUGCAUAAGUCAAAGGGAGCACCUAUCUCAAAUUGACAUUUAGGGAGUUACAUAUUAAAGUUAGAAUGUUAAAAAAUUCAAGAAGGAAAAAAACUAGAAUCCGCCAUCUAAGACCUAUUGAGGUCCUGCAUAAGUCAGUGGGAGAGGCACCUAUCUCAAAUUGACAUAAUCAAAGUCUUCGGGGUUUUCGCCAGAAAGUCCGUCUUUUUUGGAGUUUUUCAGGUCAAAUUCGGGUUUUCGCUUAUUGAGUUUUUCCGCGAUCCAAUUAAAUUGAGUCUUUUUCAUAAAUAAAUAAGCUAAAAUUAAGCAUGGGAGUUUGGUCUUGGUUUUAUUUUAACAAAAUAUGAGAUAAAUUCCGAUUUUAGUAAAUAAACCCCCUGAGUUUUGCAAAGAGAGAGAGGCUUUCGGGCUGAGUUACUAAGGUGCUAAAUUGCUCUAGUGCAUUUUCCCAUAGCAAACAAUAAGAUGUUCGCUUUAAUUUUCUGACUGAUUCACACUAAACUGCUGAUUAAGUGCUAAAGUUUGCUAUGUACCUGUGGGUAACACAAUGCCGUUUUAUAACAUUUUAUAGUAGUCAUCUAUGUUGUUGAUUGUUCACUGUAAGGAGUAUAACUCUGACCUUUGCAGAUCUGGUGCAGAAGCAUUAGCUACAUGAAUAAUCUGAAAAAUAAUGUUGUAUAACCUUUAGAGAUGCACAGGAUCCACUGGUGUAACUUCCGGAGGUGCACCCAGGCCCAUUGGAGCCAUAAUAAGUUAUAGUGCAGGUGUCAUGCCAAGUUACACCACUGACAGAACCCAGCAUUUGGUUUGGUCAAUUCCCAACACUUUUUGUGGGAAUCAGAUUUAACUGACUCCUAAGUUUUCAGCUGAAAGUCAUGUGACUCUAAAGCUCAAGACGACAAUUUUUUGUUCACAAUUUUUGCAGGUUUCUCAAAUUAAAAUGCUUCUUUCCUGGAGGAUUUGGUAUUUGGACAAAUCCAGUCCAAGGGGUAGAUUCACUAACGGGCGAAUUUUCGCAGGCUUCAGCUUCACACAGCUCGCACCAGUUCACCAGCCAUAAAUGCGAUACGACUAUGCCAAUUCACUAAUAUGCAGUGUUUCGUCCUGGGCGCCGAACGCUGGCGACUUU